UUUUUUUCCUUAUCUUCGAUGAACGUUCUGUCUUUCUCCUCCCAUGUUGUCCAUGGCACGGUAGGUAACAGAGCGAUCCAGUUCCCAUUGAACCUGCGUGGAUGGAACGUCGAUUGCAUCAACACAACGAACCUGUCGAACCAUCCUGGCUUUAGAACCUUCAAGGGCUCCAAGACCGACGCGGCCACAAUCGCAGACAUUUUUGAGGGACUUGUAGAGAUCGGGCUGGAGUACGACGCCGUCAUCGUUGGCUAUGUUGCUAGUGUGCCAAAUCUCGAAUGUAUCGCUGACAUUCUAGCUAAACUGAGCCACAAACCGCUGGUGGUGCUCGAUCCCAUCCUCGGCGACAACGACAAGCUGUACGUCGACCAAAACCUCAUUCCUGUCUAUAAACGCAUCCUAAAGGAUCCAGCCGGCCUGGUCACGCUUACAACACCCAACCAGUUCGAGAUGGAAACGCUCACAGACACCAAGAUUUCUGACUGGGACUCGCUUACCGCUAGUGUUACCCGGUUCUACGAUCUCUACAACGUGCAGUACGUCGUGAUCACAUCGGUCAGCCUGGAUGGCGCAAUGUACUGCGUAGGGUGUCUGGACCCAGAAAGGACGUUUGCAGUGCCGGUAGAUCAGGUUCCUGCAGUUUUCUCUGGGUCUGGGGACCUGUUUCUGGGACUACUCACAGACAUUUUCCACCGCACCAGGAACCUCGAAACGUCACUCAAACAUACAGUCGACGUGGUGCAGCGGGUUUUGAAGCGCACUUUGGAGCUCACCGACGCGAAAAUGAGCAUCGGCAGCAUGCCGUACAUCCCGUCGCUCAAGCUGGUGGAAAGUAAGGACAUAAUAGAAUAGAUUAAUCGGUACUAUCUAAUUUGGUAUUGAUGCGGUUCAUGUUGGCUCUGGCCUGCUUUAUCAAUUCGUCGUAUUCCUUCCGGUACCGUCUGCGCCACUGCGCACCAUCCUCCGCCGUAUCGCCCGCCGUAUUGCUCAGCGAGUAAGUUCCUUCCCAUUUCAUGAGCCGGUUGAUCAACACGCGGUCGUCGACGGGAUUCACCGAGUCCAGAUUCGCGUUAUACAUGCUGAUGAACUCCUUCAUACGGGUCUCCAUCUGGUACCGUGUCCCGCCUGUCGGAAGGUUCCAAUAAUUAAGCUUUUCCUUGAGCUUGUUGGUGGAUAUUGUGGGGUCCAAAUUGGUGAUCUUGGUCUUCUUCUUGACGAACUCGGGCUGUGUCUGUGGCGUGCGCUCUUUCUUGAAAAAACUCGAAAUCACCGGCCGGCUCGGGCUCGGCCUGGCUCGCUUGUUGGACAGACAACUGUCUAUAUGGGAUGUCUGCAGCUCGUCCGCAGACAUGAACGUGGAGCAUACCGGACACUCCACGAGCGGGUCCUCCGCCGCGCGUUUCUUGCGCGACUCGUAUCUGAGCGGCGCUGCAGGCUUUUCCGGCUCUAGUGCAGCCACAGGCUCCGGGGUGUUAUUCGCUGUGGGUCUGUGUUUGUCAAGCAGUUCUGGUCGGUUUCGUGUGAACCAGGUUGAUAUCUCGUCCAGAAGAAGCACCUUGCGCAGCUUGCUUUCGUACGUCUCCUCGUGGCACAAAGGACACUUCUUGUCGCUCUCCAAGCUGCGUCUAAUACACACAGAGCAGAAUAUAUGGUCGCAGGACGUCAACACCGGGGCCUUUAGGAAAUCUUUGCAAAUAUGGCAGCGAAGAAGCGAGUCCAG